AUGCUAGGCGACUUCCCCUUGGCGGGCAAGAUUGUGGUCAUCACUGGCGGGGCAUCAGGCAUCGGCCUCGCCUUCACUAAGUUAGCACUGACCAGUGAGGCCAAGGUGAUCAUCGCCGACCUUGUUCUUCCCCCUCCAGCCGAAGUUCUCGUGCGCGACGAUCCCAAUGCCCGCUUCAUCCGAUGCGAUGUUGGAAAGUGGGAUGAUCUUGAAAGUCUGAUUCCCUUCUCUCAGAAAGAGUUUGGUGAUGUGCCGGAUGUUUAUGCUGCCAACGCUGGUGUUGGAGAGCCUGUAUUUGCCAUCCUCUUCCCUAACGCAUGGUCAAGUUUCUGGGCUGACCGUGAGACCGAGAGAUAUGCUCAGCUCGACAUCAACCUCGGUCACCCUAUCAAACUCACCCGCAUAGCAAUCCGCGCAUGUCUCGGAAGGAACAAGAAGGGUGUCGUUAUUAUUACAUCAUCCAUCGCGGGAGUACAUGGCCAUUUUGCUACGGCGCUUUAUGUGGCAAGCAAGCAUGGAACAAUCGGAUUAAUCAAGAGUCUAGCUAAAGCUGAAACCGAGGCCCAAGUAAAAGUGGUCGGAAUCUGUCCUGGGCUCGUCGAGACGCCGCUUCUCAAAAAUAUCAUGGAGAGUCAGAACAAAGACGAGCCUGGUGUUGUCCUUAUCAAGCCGAGUGAGAUUGCGGAUAGGAUGAAGGACCUGAUUGAAAAGGGGACAUACCGUGGAGGAACAGCUUUGGCAGUGAGCACGCCGGGAGAUGCAACCAUUGUAGCUGAUGGAUCGACUAGUGCGCUCGAGGAUCUGCUACCCUCUGAUCUCAAUGUAAUGAGGGAAAUCAUCGCGGCAGAGAGGGGGAAAUGA